GGUAAAAUGGGAAGCGUGGUGAAACACCUUGUCGUGGAUUCUGGUGCAUUUAUCAGAAAUGCGCCCAUUAAAGACAUUGGGGAGACUGUGUACACUAUUGAGGAGGUGGUAAAUGAGAUAAGGGACAAGGCAACCAAGCAGAGGCUGCAGGUUCUACCCUAUGAUCUCAAGUUUAGGAGUCCAUCAACUGAGGCUAUUAAAUUUGUGACAGAGUUUUCAAAAAGAACAGGGGACUAUGCCAGUCUCUCGGCUGUAGAUCUGCAAGUCUUGGCACUUGCUUAUCAACUGGAAAAAGAAAAAGUUGGGACGGAUCAUAUCAGACUUCAGCCUCCCAAGAAGGAGCAAUGGACAGCUACAAAGGGUCAUCUGGAGAAGCCAACUGCCAUAGCGGGUUUUUACCUUGGGUCAGGAAAGACAACAAAAAGCAGGACAACAUCAGAAAGUUCUGCAUCCAGUGAAGCUGCCAGACAGGUUACCCAGAUGAACUUGGAUGAAUCUGAACAUGCAGAGGCAGCAGACAAUAGCAAUAAUUCUUUGGAAACAGAAGAAACCACAAUGAACUCUAGAACAAAUUCAGACCUUUUUGUUCAGACAGAACAGAACAGUUCACACUCAUUGGAGAACAUGAUAUCAGAUAAAAAGUCACAUGAUGCAGACCAAAGGACUCCAUUGGCUGACAAGUCUGAUGAUAAGUCACAUGAUUCAAAGCAAGUUGUUUCAUUGGCUGAUGGAGAUACAUUAACUGAUGAUGUCUUGGAAUAUGAGGAUGAGGAGGAUGCAGAAGAUGAAGAUGAUGAUGAUGAUGAUGAUGAUGAUGGAGGUUGGAUAACACCUUCUAAUAUUCAUCAAAUUCGCCAGCAGAUGGGGGAUCACAAUACACAGAGAGCAGAUGUUGAAGUUGGAUGUAUUACCACAGAUUUUGCAAUGCAGAAUGUACUAAUUCAGAUGGGACUGAAUGUGGUCUCCGUGGAUGGAAUGCUUAUUAAACAAGCUAAGAGUUAUGUACUAAGGUGCUUUGCUUGCUUCAAAAUCACCACCAACAUGAUGAAGGCGUUUUGUCCCAACUGUGGCAACCAGACCCUCCAGAAGAUAGCCAUGACGGUGGGUGAUGACGGCUCAGUGCAUUACCACCUCUCAAGGAGGAAACCUGUUACAGCACGGGGGUUGAAGUACUCCCUUCCCACUCCAAAGGGUGGUAAGCAUGCUGUGAACCCCAUCCUGUGUCCGGACCAGCCUGUCCCUCACAACAGAGUGGGCAAGAUAGCCAGUAAGGGGAAACUUAAUGUGUUUGACCCAGAUUUCAUAGCAAGCUCCUCCCCUUUCUCACAGAAUGACAUCCACAGCAGGGCAGCUCAGCUCGGUCUCCGUGGCAACAAAGGGGACCCUUGGAGUAAUAGGAGAAACCCCAAUGAGGGGAAGAGGAAACGAGGCAGAAGGAAAUAGUGUUGUUACACUCGGGUUUGAGCCCUUUACAGAAUGUUACAAUUAACAAGAAAAAUAAUUAAAAUACAGCACCUGGUUGUCUUCUUUUUUUACAAUAUGAAGGAAGUGCGAGUAACUUCAUGCAAUAUAAUUUUAAAUGACACGCGGAGAAAUUUUGUUUAACAUUUGUUUAACUGUUUACUUGUUAGCAAGGUGAGCACUGUAAGAAUGACAUACUAUGUUAAAACUUGAAUUUACCAGGUUAUGUCACUUAACAUCCAACUUUCACAAUUGAUAUUUGAAUCAAAGGAUUCCAUGUUCAUGUGUAAUUUAUAUGCUUGCCACUAUAAAUUUUCUAAAUAUUGGCUGUCAGAGAAGUAAGCAAUGUGCUUAUCUUGCAUUUAUUUAUUAUUAACAUACAAAUGGUCUCACAAGUCAGUUCUGUUUGUAUAGGAGCAUACAAAGUGUAGGGGAAUCUGUCAUGUUUUGUAAGGGUUUACAAAUAAAAAUAAAACAGACAAAUGCAUUAAACUUUGACAUUUUUAUUAUUUUUAUUUCAUUUUGUUUUACAUACUCAUACAUGAACUAUAGGUUGCAUAAAAUACUUUUUGUGUACGAUGGCUGCUUGACUCCAUAGAAAUAUACUCUGUUUUACACUUAGUUACAAGGUUAUAUGAAAGUUGAAAUUCCUAUGCAAAAUCCCUUUGACUUGACCUGUACAUAUGUAUAUAGCAUAAGUUUAUUAUCAACUCAACAAAAAACAAAAUAAACACUUCGUAUGUUGCUAUGGAAGAGAAUUGAUAUGUACAAGGCUACAAGAAGUUGAUAUAGCAAGUCUUGAUAAGUCUUAAUAUGAUGAUAACAUUCAGACUCUUCGUUUGCAAAAAUCUUAACUAUCCUUUGUGAAAUAAAACAUUUUCCACAUGCGAUACACAUAGUGUUCAACAUUUUUCAAUCCUUUCAAUGUUUAAAACUACCCUUUAUUUUAAAAAAGUAGCACAAUAUUUGACACAGUAUGUAUACAUACAUAUACUCUUUAUCAUACAACUUGAACAUUAUGUACAAAUGUUUUUGUUUAAAAAUAAUAUAAAUACCCUGUUAUUUGCUGCUGGGUUAAAAUAAAUGAGUUCAUACCACACAAUGCAGAGUGGGCUAAAAAGAUCACUUUCCAUUCAAAGUUAAUAUGCACCAGGCAGAUGCCAUAAAAUGUACCAAAUGUUUCACUCAUACGGAGAUGGUCAGGAAAAUAAAACUGAUGUCCCUCCUAUCCAACCUUCCUUCUUUAAGCUAUUUAAUUUUGAAACUUCAGUUUUGAUGUCAACAUCUUUGGGUAUUGUGUCAACCCUACAUGUAAGUAUGCACCAUCACUUAGCAUACAUGGCAACAAAUGAACUUUCUGCACAUUAAGAAAAAUUCCUUAUUUCAAUACUUGCAGGAUAAAAAUUGUACACCCAUCUAGUAUUACUAGGAUACACGUCAUAUGUGGGAUCUACAGUGCAACCUGGCCUAACUCACAUUUCACUUGCCCUAUAUAGUUACACAUAAUUUUAUGCAAAUGUGGAAAUAAAAUGAAGUGCUGACCCUAUAUCCCCCCCCCCAUUCCAAAGUGGAGUCGAGCUGAAAAGCUACAAGCUGAGAGAAGAGCAAUUGUGUUCAGUGUAACAGACUGAAAUGUUAUUGUGUAAGACAUGACAAAAUAUCAUUGAGGCAUGUUUGAUGUGAGGGUUAAUGUGCUUGUCUCGUAAAAUGCUAAAAAAGCCCUGCAAAUAACAAAUUUAGACAAAAAAAAGAAGAGAUUUAAGGCCCAGAAUUGUAGGAUUCGAUACCUUGUGCAGACUUCUACAAAAUAAAUGUGUCCUAAAUUAAUUUUAAACAGACUUUGUAGCAGCCAACAAAGUUCUCAGUUUUCUUUAUGGCAUGGAGAAAUAUACAUUUGAUAAUAUACGCAAGUCAUAAAAAUAUACAAACAUAUAACCUAGACAAUUAUCUGUAAAUGACAACAUAAACAUUUUAAGUUUUUCGUUACAGAUCUUCAAUACGACCUCUUCAUAUUUCUUGUAGAAACCAAUAAAUAACAAAAAUAAUGUACAUAAUAAUUCAAAGCAUCUGAUUGACUUAUACAGCAAACUAUAUUUUUACUACAAAUAACUUAAAAACUUCUCAAUGUCACCUGCAGAACAGACCCAAGUAAGAAGUUAGAACAUAACAAAUAAAACAUUUUCAUCUUUGAUGAUAAGUUUUGAAAAUACUUUUCUCUUCUCUGCCAAAGUCUAAAAUAACCUUUGAUUUUACAUAGCAAAUGGGUCUACCUCAACAUAUUUAUGUGCACCAUAGCGAUCAAAACAGAUAUGAUGAGGAAAUCAUUUUACAUGUAAUCUUCUAACCCUGGACUGCUAGUUCUACAAGAAUAAAUGUGGUUUCUAAUCAAGCAUGCUGAGAUCAUCUCCCACUUUUACUGAGAUCAUUUACUUCAUUUGAAAACCACUUCAGUAACUGAUACACUACAGGAUUCAAAUUGCAGACCAUGCUCUAUGGCAUAUUAAAGCUUUACUUUCUGCUGCACAUAGUAAAUAUCUAAAACAGCAGUAAAAAUUUGAAAUGACUGAUUUAAAAAAACCCAUAACAGUGGAUGCAGCCAGUUUUUCAGACUUCUGUUGAACAGUCAUGGAUUAAAAAAAAUUCAAAUCUGUUCAUUUUCUUGUGAAAAAACCCGUAAGCAUCAACACACUUAACUGAAAUUUGUCCAAAAAUAAAAUAAUACUAUAAAAGCAAAUUCCAUUCAUCGUAAUCAUAAAUAUAUCUACUAAAUGAAUGAAUAAAUAAACAAAACAAACACUUAAGGCAUUUGCACAAGUAUUUGACCGAUUCACAACAGGGCAGUCCUUAAAAGGGUCCCCAUAAGCACCUAAUUCAGACUAUGGUAAUCUGUCACAAAUUAAGAACAAGACAUCUCUUUAAAUAUUUUGUGCUUUUCUAGAUUUUUUUCAUCAGUUCCUAAAUAAGUGUGUUCUAUUACGAAUUGCUAUUCGAAACCUCAAAUGUUAUUUAAAGGAAUAUCAAACAAAAUCAAACUUUAUACUAUGAAAUAUAGAUAAAUAUUUAGUUGUAACUUACUGUAAUUACCGUAGAGCUGUUUUUAUUAAAAUUAUAGUAUUCUGCAUCAUAUUAAAUGCAUUAAAAAGAAUAUCCAAGACAGAAACUCAUAACUUUACAAAAAAAAAAAAAAAAAAAAAAA